AUCCGCGCGAUGCGCCUGAACGCGCCGGUGCCUGCCGUGGCAUCUGCGCGUGCUGACGCGGCCGUCGGCCUCAACAAGUCCGGCUUGUUCAGCGCCACGCUGGGCGCGGUGACCUCUGGAUCCUCGCGAGAUGACAAGCUCGAGCUGACGCACCUGGGUCGGCAGUCUGGCAUCAAGGAGGAGGACAAGAAACACUGGGAGGGCUUCCAACUGGGCGUCUGUGGCCUCGCAACCACAGACUUCAGGUCGGCGCUGGACGAGGUGAAACGAGUGCUGCAGGACGCGGGGUUGUCAAUGGAAAACGUUAGGGUAACGUUCAACCACGCCAUUAUCGGCUUCCCUAGGAGCAAGGAG